AAGAUGUAUUUCAGCAAGAUGAGGGAAUAAACCAAGAAAGAAGAAGACAUAAGAUUCAGGAAAUAGGAGGAGAAGAAUGAAAGAGAAUUAGAGAGAAAGAAAGAAAAAAAAUCACAUGGCUCCAGAAAGAGAGAAAGAUACUGAAAGACAAGCUUCCAGGAUCAAUUAAAGUCUUCCUGAGGUUUGGAUUAAGGUUGACGGGAGUGAGAAAUUGGUGGCUAAAGUAUGAGUUUAGAAUUACCAUCUUGCCUACCACAUACCAAGCCUCUGUAUGCAGAACAAAGUCAAGUAAAGCUAAGAAGUAGAACAGUGUUCUGGAUCAAGUUAUAGCUCAAUCCUCAGGAGUUAAGAAGUUUCCAUUCUUUUGCUCCAAACCAGAAGACUUUGUUUCAUGUAUGUAGAAUAGGAAUAAUGUUUUAAAACAACUGGCUGGCGUUUGAAACUGAAGAUUAUCAUGACCUAAGUCCUAUGCUGAAGUAAGAUUAAUUGUCUUAGAAGUACUAAGUUGGGGUAACCCAAAUCUACUUCUGGAACCAUGAAAAUUUUGCUGGUUUUUGACUUUGACAAUACAAUCAUAGAUGACAAUAGUGACACUUGGAUUGUACAGUGUGCUCCAGGCAGAAAGCUUCCUAUUGAACUCAAAGAUUCUUAUCAAAAAGGAUUUUGGACAGAAUUUAUGGGCAGAGUCUUUAAGUAUUUGGGCGAUAAAGGUGUAAGAGAAGAUGAAAUGAAAAGAGCAGUGACAUCAAUGCCUUUUACUCCAGGGAUGGUGGAACUUUUCAACUUUAUAAGAAAGACUAAGGAUAAAUUUGACUGUAUCAUUAUUUCAGAUUCAAAUUCAGUCUUUAUAGAUUGGGUUUUAGAAGCUGCCAAUUUUCAUGACGUGUUUGAUAAAGUGUUUACAAACCCAGCAGCUUUUGAUAGCAAUGGUCAUCUCGCUGUGGAAAAUUAUCAUGCUCAUUCUUGCAACAGAUGCCCAAAGAAUCUUUGCAAAAAUGUAGUUUUGGUAGAAUUUGUAGAUAAACAGUUACAACAGGGAGUGAAUUAUACACAAAUUGUUUAUAUAGGUGAUGGUGGAAAUGAUGUCUGUCCAGUGACCUUUUUAAAGAAGAAUGAUAUUGCCAUGCCACGGAAAGGAUAUACCUUACAGAAAACUCUUUCCAGAAUGUCUCAAAAUCUUGAGCCUAUGGAAUCUUCUAUUGUAGUGUGGUCCUCAGGUGUUGAAAUAAUUUCUCAUUUACAAUUUCUAAUAAAGGACUGAUAUGCCAACAAUUGAAA